CAACUCUCUCGGCAUUCUCACCUUCCAUUGUUUUGGGGAAAAACUCGGUUCAAACAAAGCACGCUUUGCCCAUCGACGAGCUCCGGGUCUUUUUUUUUUUUUUGAAAGGGUGGGGAUUGUCCGGCAAGUUGCUUUGGCUUCACAUCCUGUGAAGAUCCACACCUUUAAAAAGAACUCGCCACUUAUAUACAAAACAUUCUUCGAAAAAGCACCUUGUACUUCGUUCCUCAUAAACUAUGGCCGCUAGACAGUUGCAGGAGUACACCAAGGAGCAAGUUGCACAGCACAACAAGGAGGGCGAUCUUUGGAUCAUCAUCGAUGCAAAGGUAUAUGACCUUACCAGAUUCGCAAAUUUGCACCCUGGUGGGAAGUCCGUACUGCUCGAGAACGAUGUUCGGGGGACGGAUGCCACGGAAAUUUUCUAUUCGUUACACAAAUCUGAGGUUCUUCAGAGACCCCAAUACAAGCGUCUCCAAAUAGGAACUGUUAAAGGCGAGAAGGAGUUGUUCAAGCCAUUACCACCUGGAUCACUUAGUCCUGUGCCUUAUGGGGAGCCACAAUGGCUGACUAAAGGGUUUAAGAGCCCUUACUACAAUGAGAGCCAUUAUCGCCUCCAAAGGGAGUUCCGGAAGUUCUGUGAUGAAGUGCUUAUUCCAGAGGCUAAGCGAUGCGAAACAACUGGCGCUAAGAUUUCUCAAGAAGUCGUUGAAGUUAUGGGAAAGAGCGGUAUAAACGCCAUGCGAUUCGGUCCAGGCCCGCAUUUGAAGGGUCAAAAGCUCAUGACCGGACUCACUCCUGAGACCUUCGAUCGAUUCCACGAGCUUCUUCUUAACCAGGAAGUCUCUCGUUCCGGACAGCGAGCGUUCAUCGACGGUUGUUUGGGUGGCGCGUUCAUCGGUCUCCCUCCGGUUAUCCACUUUUCCCGACCGGAAAUAAGGGACAAGGUCGUUCCCGAAAUCGUCAGCGGGAAGAAGUACAUCUCCUUGGCCAUCUCCGAGGCGUUUGCUGGAAGCGAUGUCGCUGGGUUGAGAUGUACGGCUAAACUUACGCCUGACAAGAAAUUCUGGAUCGUGAAUGGGACGAAGAAGUGGAUUACCAAUGGUCACUUUUCAGAUUACUUCUCUACUGCUUGCCGGACCAGCAAGCGCGGUCUCACUAUGCUUCUCAUCGAACGCGGGCCCGGAGUCGAGACCAAGCCGAUCAAGACUUCGUACUCCUCUACCGCCGGAACUGCCUACAUCACUUUCGAUAACGUCAAAGUUCCAGUCGAGAACACCUUGGGAGAGGUCGACCAAGGUCUCAAGGUCGUCCUCAGUAAUUUCAACCAUGAACGUUGGGGCAUGACUGCCAACUCUGUUCAAAUGCAGAGGAACAUUGUUGACGAGACGUUAAGAUGGACGAAUCAACGCAUUGUCUUCGGCAAGCCUUUGAUCGAGCAACCUGUCGUACGAGCAAAGAUUGCGCAGAUGAUCUCCCGUGUGGAGGCUUGCCAGACUUGGCUUGAGCACAUCACUCUUCAGAUGCAACACAUGAAUUACGCUCAACAAUCUAAAUACCUCGCCGGCCCAAUUGGCCUUUUGAAGCAAUACAGCACCGCUGCAGGUCAAGAGACGGCUCGUGACGCUACUCAGCUGUUCGGUGGUCGUGCCAUCACUCAAUCCGGCCUUGGUUCUUCAAUCGAGCUGUACCACAGAACAAUCGCGUUCGAUGCCAUUCUUGGAGGAGCCGAGGAUGUCCUUGCAGAUCUCGGUGUGAGACAAGCGCAGAAGCAGAUCCCCAAGAACGUUCGGUUGUAGACAUAUUACAUUGUAUUUCACCUAGUCGCACUGUCAUUCGUUUCACCUCAAAGUCAAUUCGCCCCCCCCCCCGCUAGCGAUAGCAACAGAUAUGCAAUUCUUACUUCUAAUGCUAAGUACAAUUUAACUCCAUUGGG